GCCAUUAAACUAAACAAAACAUUUUUCGUACUGAGAAAUGAUAACAACAUCCAAACGUUUUGGAACAACCAACGAACGGAGAAGUUCUGGAGGCGGUUGAAAAAGAAAAACCGAACAAAUAAAUGAGCGUAGAAACAAAGAGAACGAGAGAGUGAGUGGAAUAGUGAGAGCGCGUAUUAACGAGAGGACGAAAGAAACAACCAACAUAUUUUAAUAGAACUUUUCCCAAAUACAGAAAAGAAUGAAAAAGUUUUUCAGUUCGAGUACAGAGAUAAGAAAGAAAAGUUGAAAUCGAAACGAAUGAAGUAGUGAAUGUGUAAAACAAAAUCGUUUUUUUAUACAAAGAAAAUAUUACAGAAAAAAAGGAGUGAAAUAAUCGAAAAUCAAAAGUGCAAAAAUUCAAGUGUUUUGCAGUAGAUUGUUAAAGAAAGUUCCCAUGAAAAAUAAAGUUCCAAGUACAAAGAAAAUACAACAAAAAAUCAGCAAAAAGAACGAGUAGAAGAAACAAAAAAAAAAACUGAACAAGGAAAAAAUCACGCACAAAACGUCCUGCAAAUACAAUUCUGCAGGCUAAUAUAAGUUUUAAAUAAAAAAGAAAAAAAAAGUAUUUCAUAGAAAAAAAAACCUAGUUAUAAAUAUAACAAGUAGCAGAUAAAAUCACCACCUACAAGAAAAUUUUGUAGAAAACGAAAAAAAAAAACAAGCUCAUAUCUACAGCUGCCAAAUAUUGUGUGGACCAGUGUAAAUUUAAAAAACCAACAACCAAAUAACCCUUCUUUAAAGUUGAAAGUUUAGUGAAAAUAAACAAAGGAUCUAUUUAAUUUUAAUAGCUUUUCAAAAAGUGUCUGUUUUAUCCGCAACUCCAAAGGCAUUUUGAAAAAAAAGUAAAAAAUCUCUUACUCUCUGUUUUGUUACUGUGUUCAAGUUCCUUUCCAAAGCAUAUCCUUUGAGUGUGAGAACAACAUAAGUCCUAAAAAUAUACCUCCAUGUGUGAGAGUGUAUGAGUGUGUGUGUGUGGGUCUCUUAAUGUUGUGUAGUGUUGUAACAAAAAAGAAAACAGAAAGCAAAAGAGUGUGUCCCGAAUAUUUUGCGUGAUUCAAUCAUUGUAUGUGUGUGAGUGUGUGUGAGUGCAAAGCGUUUGUGUGUAAGCUUGUAAAUCCUGUGUUUCCCUAAGGAAAAGUGCAAUAGCUAACAAAAUUUCCUACUUUCGUUCUAUUUGACAAUAGUUAUUAAAUAACAGAAACACUCUCACACCUCUCUCCUUAAAAAAAAAUAACAACUUGGCGCUCUCAUAACAAAAUUACCAAACAAAGUUGCACUCCCGUUUCUGUGUGGUGACAUUGAUCCCGGCCCGGUCCCGCACAGCUCUUUUCUUUUUUGAAACUGUCUACGAAAAUUCUUUCAAAAUAUCUUCAUUCGAAGAAGAUUAUCGGGCUGAUCGGCCCAUGGUGCAACGUGCAUCAUCUUCAGAUGUACCUUCCGUAUCGGGCGGCCAUCGAGAAUCUCGAUUUGGCCUUGGUUAUUCAUCAUAUCAAAGUGGAUACAAUAAACUAUUUACACAGGGUUCUGCCGACUCCAAUUACUCACAACCGUCAUCCGAUCUGUCGCUAGACGAGGAAAAGGAAUCGCUUCGGCGAGCUAAGGAAAGUCAGGCCAAAAGCCAGUUGGAUAAAGCUAGAAGUAAACCUGUUGCGUUCGCUGUGCGAACAAAUGUUGCCUAUGAUGCCAGCAUCGAUGACGAUUCACCCGUACAGGGUGGUGCUGUUUCCUUUGACGUUAGGGAAUUUCUACACAUCAAAGAAAAAUAUGAUCAUAACUGGUGGAUUGGUCGCCUGGUCAAAGAAGGCUGUGAUGUGGGAUUCAUACCCAGCCCCGUUAAGCUAGACCAUAUACGUUUGCAGAAUCAAAACCGACCCACUGGUAGAUUGUAUGGUGGUCCUAAAGGCUCAUCGAGUGGGAACUUAGGCGGUCAAGCAGGUGCGGAGCCAUCUCGAGGUGAUGAAUCAGAUUCGGGUCCAGGCAAAAAGGGGAACCUCGCCACACCGCCCAACAAGGAGAAGCGCAAGCCAUUCUUCAAGAAACAGGAGACCGCCUCGCCCUACGAUGUCGUGCCAUCGAUGCGUCCCGUAGUCUUAGUGGGUCCAAGCUUAAAGGGUUACGAAGUAACCGAUAUGAUGCAAAAAGCUUUAUUUGACUUCCUGAAGCACCGGUUCAAGGGUAAGAUCAUCAUCACCCGUGUCAUGGCCGAUAUUUCACUGGCCAAACGUUCAAUCAUGAACAAUCCAUCGAAACGGGCGAUAAUGGAACGAUCCAGCAGCCGAUCUGAUUGUUUGAGCAAAGUACAGGAGGAGAUAGAACGAAUAUUCGAAUUGGCCCGGACGUUACAAUUAGUAGUACUCGAUUGUGAUACAAUCAAUCAUCCGUCACAACUAGCAAAAACUUCAUUAGCACCAACCGUAGUUUAUCUUAAAAUUAGUAGUAGUAAGGUUUUACAGCGUUUAAUCAAAUCACGUGGAAAGUCACAGGCUAAAAAUCUUUCCGUACAAAUGGUAGCCGCUGAGAAAUUGGCCCAAUGUCCACCGGAAAUGUUUGAUGUUAUCCUAGAUGAAAAUCAAUUAGAAGAUGCCUGUGAACAUAUUGCUGAAUAUUUAGAGACCUAUUGGAGAGCCACACAUCCAGAUAUAACAUCGGCUCAAUCCAUACCUAGACCAAUACCUCAGGAAGCCUCACCUACCACAGAUCAGGCCCGUUUGGGUCCAACGCCACCAGUUGAUGGGGGCGAAGAUGAACGUGAGUACCGCAUGGGCUCCAUUGAACGCGAGGGUAGUCGCGAUCGAGAUAUGACAAGUCGCGAACGCGAACGAGACGAAGAUUAUGAACGCGACUAUUGGGAUAAUGAGUUCACAAAAGGACGUAGAACACCGCGCGAACGACAACGCGAUCUCGAAUGGGAACGUGAAAGGGCCCGCGAAUGGGAGAGAGAACGAGAAAGAGAUUGGGAUAGAGAAUUCGAUUGGGACCAAGGAGGUACUUCCUAUCCACAUCCACGUCGUCCGGCCUCUGGUGGGCAUCAUGAUCGUGGCUAUGAACGAGAUCGCAUGGAAAGAGAACGUGAACGAGAUCGCUAUGAACGUGAGCGCGAACGAGAACGUUUGCAUGCACGUGAACGUGAUCUUAUGCACUACGAUUUGAACAAUGAGGAGCUGUUGGAUGAGCGCAGCUAUGCAGCCGAUUAUCCACCACAUCGGGGUGCGGUGGGCGGCAGUGUCCAUGCGCACUUGUCGCGCGGCAGCCGUCUAAUGGAUGACAGUGAUUUGUUGCACAUUGAACGCGACGAGUUGCGCAGUGGCCGCUAUGCGAGCGGUGCAUCGGGUCGUGUUAUCGAUCCACGAGAUUUGCCACCGUCGGCGCCAACGGCCAGACGCGGUGCACCCAUUGUUGAUCGCGAUGAAUACAGUCCGCACCGAGGCGGUGGGAGUAGUAGGAGAAUGCUGAAUGCCAUGUAG